GUGAGGUCUGAUGCCGUAUUUUGGGUGGAUUCAGAGACGUUCCUUCAGUCCGCUGGUGGUGUAUCCGUCUUCAUGUUGGGCCGGCCAUUAUGUCAUGUGAUUUCAUUACACAGGAUGGGCCCCGAGAGGAUCUUUCCAAACCAGAGUGAGGAGGUGGGGGACCCCCAGGAUGCUGGGCCUGGAGACUGGAGUGCCGGAGAAGAGGAGGAGGAUGAGGAAGGGCAGAGCGGAUACCAGUACCAACCACUGAACCAGGAUCCGGAGGACACAGCCCAGACCGAGAGCGACCUACAGGAGAGGCUACAGGCUCUGAGGCUCCACCUUCCGGACCCGCCUGUGGACAGCGAGGAUGAGGAGGAGGGUGACACCGCACACAACUCCAUUCCGAUGGACGCAGACCACGUGGAGCUGGUGAAGAAGACGAUGGCGGCAGUGAAGUUGCCCUCUGUGUCCGUCCCGUUGUGGGCGCAGCAGAUCUCCGAUGCAGAUUGGGAGCACCUUGUACACCAGACCAUCCAAUCCCGAUGUGCAGCCCCAUCAUCCAGCAAGAAAUGA